AUAUGAAUGUUGAGCACACAUUUCACGGUCCAAAAAUUAUAUUAUAUUUGUUAAGAUCACUCUUUUGUUGAUCUUCUGUUACUUACACUCAAACAUUGACAAGGUCUGUUAUUUUUUGCAUUUGAAAAAUUUGUUUCAUGCUAUAUUUGUCAAUCUCAUAAACUAUAUGCUAGGUAUGUUCAUAUAUUGAAAAUUUAUGUACUAUGUUGGUAUUAUGCCCAAAAAGAAAGAAAGAAAAUUCGUUGUAAAAUUUCACCGGGAAAACUUGCUUCGGCAUGGUGUACUUUUCGCCGGCCAACAAAAUUGUUCCUCCAUACUUCUCUGUGGCCAUAUAUAAUGGAACGACCAAAGUCACCCUGACCCAGUACCGCCAUUAACGCGAAGCUCCCAUCUUUGAGCUUUUUGGGCCAUCUUCCCGCCGCUUCCCCAAUGUGCAAUUCAAGAAAAAGCACUGAAAUCCGCCAUUCUUCUAGAACCACCAAGCCGUCUUCUUCUUUCUCUUCUUCCUCUUCUUUCCCGAAUCCUUCUUCUUAUAAUUCAGCCACUCACUCCUCCAACUCCAGAUCGAAUUUCGACGCCUCCAAAUCUUCCUCCUCCAGCAAAGCCUCUCUCGCCAGCCUCCGCGACUCUUUACCCGAAAACGCAAUCAUUUACGACUUAUCUGAAAUUUCUAGAGCUACCCACAAUUUCUUGCUCAAGCCCUUCUCCUCUUCAUCCACUUCCACCUCCUGGCGCUGCACGAUUCGCGGCAGGGACGCCGUCCUUUUCCAGCGGAAGCUCCGCCGCCCAAUUGAGUUGCCCGAAUUGCAGCAAAGGUUACUGACGAUAUGCCGCAGUCACUACAGCAGCCUGGUUAAGCUUCUGGGCGCCACCAUCUCCGGCAGGUACAUUUAUCUGGUCUAUGACUACGUUCCUGGAUCCAGUUUAGCUAAUUGUCUACGGAACCCUCAAAACCCGAGCUUCACGGUGCUCUCCAAUUGGCUCUCCCGGAUGCAGAUCGCUACUGAUGUAGCCCACGGCCUCGAUUACGUCCACCAUUGCUCAGGUCUGAAUUUCGUGCAUAAUCAUGUGAAGAGUUCGAGCAUUUUGGUCACCGAGACGAGUCUGAAUGCGAAAAUCUGCCAUUUUGGGACCGCCGAGUUGUGUGGGGAGAUAGAUCAUUCGGAUCUUGAGUCAAAGGCGACAUCUAAGAGCAGGUCGUCGGGAGCUAGAAGGUCGAAAAUAGAAGGAACCAGGGGAUACAUGGCGCCUGAGUUUCAGGCCAAGGGUGUGUUGACACAGAAAUGUGAUGUUUAUGCCUUUGGAGUUGUGAUUCUGGAGCUGCUGUCUGGUUUGGAGGCGUUGAGGUAUGAGUUUGAUGAAGGCGGCGAAGGGGUUAGGAGAAUCAGUGUUAUUGAGAUGGCUAGAGAGGCGGUGGCCGGUGGCGGUGCUGGGGUGAGGAGAUGGGUUGAUAGGAGAUUGAAGGAUUCAUAUCCGGUGGAUGUGGCGGAGAAGAUGGUGUUGAUGGCGUUGGAAUGUGUGGAGGAGGAUCCUGAGAAGCGGCCGGAUAUGGAGAAGGUUGCUGUCAAGGUGUCUAAGUUGUAUCUGGAAUCAAAGAAUUGGGCUGAGAGGAUCUGCGUGCCUGUUGAUUUCUCAUCUUCAUUGGCUCCCAGGUGAUGCUAGGUGUUUACAAAUCAGUAGGAGAAUUUGUGUUUUUUUCUUGUCAUAUAGAGAAUACAGAAUACCUAUACCAGAUAGAGCAAAGCUGUUCCUAUUAGUGACUUAGUUAACUACAGUUUAAGAUUGCAAAAUUUUCUUCUUUAACUGAGGAAUGCAACUGUAUAAGAGUCAGUUUAUGGUGCUGAUUUGGUAGCUCAUAAGCAUCUUGCUUCGGCUUGAGUUUUUGCAAAAACAUGUUGCUCUCAGAAGAACAAUGAGACUGUCUGCUGCAUAGAACUUGUCACAACCCAUUUCCCUGUUCGAUUGCUGCAUUGUUAGAGAUGCAGAGAUUUGGGCGUCGGCAUGCGAAUAAUUAUAUGCCGACAAGGAGCUCUGCUGGCUCAGUUGCUUAAUUUCAGUCAAUUUGGUGAAUUAGACGUUUACCAGGUGAAGAAGCGGUCAGAUUAGGCUACGCCUUGGCAUUUUCCUUUUGUCUUGACAUGUUUGUUUCUAGCGUUCAACCAGUUGAUGUAAACUACAUGCACGUUUCAGUAUUCUUUUUUCAAUUCUUUAUGGUUUCUCUCUAGUCCACCAAUCUAAAAUUCCUUCCUUCCCAAUAUGUAAUUGGCUUGGUAUAAUUCCAACGCGUACCGUGGAUCGGUUUCUAGCCUGCUGUCUGGAUUUGAUUAUUUGGUGGGUCAUUUUCUGAUUUAGAUGACAAGGAGAUAGAUCCCAGAAUGUAAUGGGUUGACGUUAUCUAACCAGAACGGCAGAGUCGAUCAUUAAAGAAAGAAGAAGGAUGGUUUGAGGGUGCAACACAUAUUAUUGUCAUACUCCCAUAUAGAAUAUUGGGUGAGCGACUACUUCCAGGUAUGAGGAUACUGUUUCUUAUUUACAGUAGAAGCUGCAUAAUACUCAAUCCACAAAGUCAAUGAAAUGGCGUAUGUGUAUGUGUGAAAUGUAUGCUUUCAGCUUUCCGGAUUGGGCAUAUAUAUUCUGUGUGGUGAUGGUGAAAUGGUAGGAGGAAUUCAUUUGUUGCAGGCUCAAUAUUUUAUCAGAUGUCUGUUGACUUGGUACAGAAGUUUGUUGAUUGGCUGUGCCUGUGUGGUUGCAUUAGGUGGCCUGAUAUGCUUACAGUGUA